GCAACGGUCAUUUGUAGAUCACGCCACGUUACAGACAGGGUGUGAUUCACAUUCAAGCACCACUACAAGCCAGAAACUCGGUGUUUUGAUCCAUUUUGUUGCAGUUUCUGUACCCCAUAUUUAUAUUGUAAAGGACAAGAUGGCUUCCGUCGACGCCCAGAGACUGAUCGCCCUGUCCAUCGGCAAGCUUCAGGCCUCCCGGUCGCAACGUGGCGGGAUCGACUUGCAUAAGAACCUCCUGGUGUCUCACGUACUGUACACGGCACGGACUGCGCUACUGACCGGAAUGGUUCCCGAGUACUACCGCGCCGAAACUACAGCAGUCGAGAGCGACGUGGAAGAAGACGAGACCGUGGAUUGUGGUCCCGAAACGGCGGAGGAAACCGUGCCAGUCGCCGCCGAGAGUACGGAGUGUGAGUCAGCGUUGCCGAGUGGGGAGGGCGAGGAGAAAGACCUUUGUACACUCACGCCGGUUGUUGACCUCGCCCAACCGCCGCUUACAUCAGCGAGCGGAAACGUCGACUCGCGCCUCGACAGUGUAACCCUGGCCGACUCUGUGGACAAGGAGAAUCUUUCCACCGAACAACAACAGAACGUGGCGACCUCCUUGCAGCCCGCUGUGCUCGGGGAAAGGUGCACGAACGUUCUUCCCACGGCCUCGUGCGACGAAAAGCGAUCCUCGGCCGCGCCAUGCUCCUGUUGUCGCAAGCGGAAGCAAUCCGAAACCGAAGCCGCCUGUGACUCAAUUUCCCCCAAGAAACGCAGAAUCGAGAAACAGGAAACGGACUCAGAUUCAACCGACUCGUGGGAAACAACAGAGGACAUGUGUACGGACUCGCCCGUCUCCAGUCUCGUGAAUAUCUUCAACUCAGGAUUUAAAGGACUUGUGCACAGCUCGAUUGAACUAGAAUCCGAGCCAACACCGCAGCAAGCUGUGCCGAGAUCGGGACCAAACUCAUCCAAACAAGGACUGCAGCAGUGUAUGCAGGAAGUAGUCACGUCUAUCGGGACACUAGCCAGACCGAUUGUUGCAUUCUAGACUCACGAACUUUCCUGAAAUGACUGUAAAUAGUACUGUUUUUGUACCACUUCCUUCAUAUCUACCGCCCUGAGCGCUGUUACGAAACAAAGGCAGAUGUUUGUCGUAGCCAUUCCACUGGCUUUGAUACAAUUUUCCUCAGCCACAGUAGCUACAAAAUCACCUUACUGUCGAAACUUGGACACAUUCGUACCAAAACAACAUCUAGAGGAAGUCUAUUUGUGCCAAAUGUAGUGUAAUAGAGGCGUGUUUUGACCUGCGUCAUUGAAGAUUGGAUGGUGCUCGAUUUUCCUUUGUCUGGUGAUCUCGGUGACGUCAGGCGAUCAUGUAUACAAUUAUGCAGGUCAGAGGAGAUGGGGCCUCGUGGCUGGCAGACAACUCCAAAUCACUGCAAUCAAAUUUCUAUUUGUAGUUCGUUCCAGACAAAAUUGCACCCUUUGAAUCAUGUAUGUCGGCGCUCGGUCGCCCGAAGAAAAUUACGUUAUUACGCGUUUUGGUUCGCCCACGAAAAAAACGUUGUUUAUUUGCGUUGUCGUGUUUAGAAGCGAGGACCCAAUUUCCGCUAGCGUUUGAUGCAAAUGAAGUUGCAUUGUCAUGCAUCGAGCAAGCAAGGGCGCUAGGCCGGGGGCCGGGUCGGGGAUUUUUCCCGCCGGGGUUCCCCCUCUAGUUCCCAAACAUCUGUGCGCCGAGAUGUCUGUUUCUUCUGUUGUCUUACCGACACUACCUUAUUUGGUAUCAGGAAUGUAGACUGACUGGCUGAGGAAUUCCCGUGCAAUAGCGGCAAAAAAGAACAGCUGUUUCAGGGCCAAAACUGUAAACACACAAAAAAGAAGAAAAGCUGCUAGCUUGAUCUUUUGUAAAUAUUGUAGUCUAGGAAAAAAAACCUCGACAAGCCGUACAACUGCGUACUCCAUUGGAGAGUACUUAUGAAACUGUACAUGUUUUUUUAUCGUUAAUUUAUGCUGGAACCUGAGAUGUGAGAUUGUAUGGCUCCAAGAGAACACUUGAGCCUGAUAUGUACAUACUUGCAAUGUGACUCGCUGUUGUUACGGUAACGCAGGUGAUGCGUUGCCUUACGUCAUGUUCUGGGAAUAAAAUUGUCCCAUCGGAUGAUGACACAUGAA